CCUGCCAAGCAUAUACUAUGGAUUUCAUAAAGAUCUGUGAACAUCUGAGACUGCCUUAAAGAGGAGGCAAUACAAACCCAAAAUCGAGAACGGAAGAGAAGAGAUAUUGAUUCUCGAUGGAAAAAGCAUCGGAAGAUUAUGCAAAGCUGUUGCUUCAAAGUGCACGCUUGGAGAAGGAGAUUAAUCCCAUAUGUAUGAGCAUAGAAGAUAUGAUGACACGACUAGAUGAAUUGGAAUCCUUAUUGACAAAUGUUAAAGGAGACUCAAACAUCAUUAUUGAAGAGUAUUUAAGCAGCAUUUUAACAUUUGCUCCUAAUUUUGGAUGUCUACAGCAGCAGAUAGAUAAACUUGAAAAAUUUGUUGAAAUAGUAGAUUCCAAUGUUGACGAAGUAGAAAAAUCAUUGGAGAAAACUGAAUUGGAAUUAAACGUUGCCGACUACAGCUUAAAGGGCCUGAUUCAACUUACCAAAACAUCAUUGACUUCAGCUCCUUCGAUGGAUACACAAGAAGCAACAUCUUCAACACUGUCUAGUAACUUUUCUGAAUACAAACCCAUAGAAUUAUUCAAGACCUCCUUUUACUUUGACAAUGGUAAAUAUUCGGACUAGCUAGGAAUAUACUUACGUGAAAACUAUGUAAAUUAUUCAGGCUUAUAUUAAGGUUGUACCUUACUUAAUCGAAAAUUGCUACACAAUAUAUUUUCUAUCAUGGAAACAAAAUAACUUAGACUUAACUAAGUACGGGAUUAAAACAUACCAGUGGUCGUGAUCAUCCAAAAUGUGGACCGGCAUAGCUUUAUGCGUUUUUAAUUAUUAUUAGUGUUGAUUAUUAAAAACGGUUGGCGUUGUGUAAAUAUAAUAGAAAUAUCUGGGUUUGUCCUGCAAUUGAUGAUUGCAUUUAACGGUCGGUCAUUGUCAAAAAUCUUACACUUAUUGAACAUUUUGGGAAUGAAUGUAGUAAUAUUUGAACCCCAAUAUUUCCAUCUUAACAGCCACAUAUUAAUUCCCCGGACUCACGAAAAGCUCACGAGUCACGUUUAAACAAAUAUUUUUCCAUGAAGCGAAUAAUAAUUUUUUCCAUGCGUUUGAAAUGAACGUACGAAAAUUAAUAUCUUAAAUGUAUUAUGCCUGUAUAACCAGUUAUUUGAUCUUUUAAUUUUUAUGCAUAUGUAAACAGAUUCGUACGUUAAAAUGCCGUAAGUUUUGAUAUCCUGCAAAAAAUUAUUUUUUCAUUAUUAUUAUUUUUUUUUAUUUAGUCGUGAUUUUCUCGUGAGUCGUGAGCGUCUCGUAAGUCGUGAGUAUCUCAUGAUUAGUGUCGUGAGCAUGAUUUUACUUACUCAGAUCGAAGAAUUUUAAUACAAUCACGGUCACGCACUAUCAAGUGAUUGGGUUUGGAUCUCACUCACGAUAACACGAGAGACACGACAACACACGACUUGCGUGCACACCUCUAAUACCUAUGCGAGCCAUGCCUGCUAGAAUUUUGAGCUUCGAUCUGUAUGGUGUUUAUCGUAGUCACGAAAAGAUCAGCUGAGAGCUACCAGGCGUGUCCACAGGUUGCGAAUAGUGUAAUGCUCUAUACGGAGUAGUUGCAAUUCCAGUCGCAGAAAAUUUUGCGGUAUCGAGCGAGAGUCUCAGUUAGAGGCCGAGCGGCACCGGUUCUUAUCGGCUCCGGUAAAAAACAAAUUUGGUAAAUAUUUCUAGGGCAAAGUAGCGGAGUGCCAGCCGCAGCCUCAAACCGCCCUCCAAACCGUAUAUGUUAAUCGACCAUAGCAAUAUUGGGCUUAAAUGAAAGGUAUUUGGGAGUAGAGCACGAAUUUGGCAUCCAUGUUUGGGCGAAAUGUCUGUGGUACCAUCUCAAGUGGACAAUAUAGGGCUCAAGUGAAAUAGGACUUAUUUACCGACUAUGGUAAUGUGAGGCUUAUAUAAAAAGUAGUUGAGAAUAUGGCACAAAGCUUAUAAUUACUUUAAGGGCCUAGCGGACAUAUUUACACACUACAAUAUAGGAGUCCACGAAAAGUAUAAGAAAGUAGUGCAAAGAUUUGGCCAUCAACAUUUCAUUAAAGCACAGGGGCAAACUCCUCACAUAUCCAUGGGUGCUGUUCGAUUCAAGUUUAAGCUCAAUAAUGAAAGACCUCUUUUUUAUAGCCGAGUCUUAACGGCGUCGUGCCGACACUAUAGAGCUGUCGCACUGCAUGACAUAAUAAAUCACAAAUGUCGCCAACAUUAGGAGGGGGUAACCACCACUUUACAUUUUUCCAAUGUUCUCGCCAGGAUUUGAACCCAAGCGUUCACAUCAUAUUAUCGUCCACUGCAAUGUAGGGCUCAAAUAAAAUGGAUAGGAGCAUUAAAGAAGGCGCUGGGGAGCGGGCCCGGUUCGGUUAGUACAUGAUAUUAAUCACAAUUUACAAAAAAAGACAGUUAAACAUGGUGGGGCAAAAGUACUGAUUCGUUGGAGCUUUUUGUACAACUGCAUAGGUUCAAUAUAGGAGUCCACGAGGGGCAAAAGUACUGAUUCGGGCAAAAGUACUGAUUCGUUGGAGCUUUUUGUGCAACUGCAUAGGUUCAAUAAUGAAAUAUAAGACAUCAUGGAUAUGUUACAACUCUAGAGCAAGUGAUGCUAGAUUAUGCAGACUGAAAUAUAAUUCUCAAAUUGGUACUAUAACAAGAUAAUUGCUAUAUGUGACCCAAAUGAAAGCAAUUUGGGAGAAGACUAGGAAAAUUACAUUAAAAUUUGUGUUAAAGUCUCUAGGUGGUGCUUAACCUUUUUAAAACAACUAAAAUAUGUUAUUUGACCCAUCAUGACCAUAUGGGAUUCAAAUUUGAGAGUAUAAAAGAAAUCCACUUUUGGAACCAAGUGCUUGUGGGUAAGCCCCAAAACCCCCGGCAGUGCUUCGCUUAUUAAAACACCGAAAAUAAGUUAUUUGACCCAUAAUUACCAUAUGGGACUCAAAUUUAAUAUCUUAAAUGUAUUAUGCCUGCAUAACCAGUUAUUUGAUCUUUUAAUUUUUAUGCAUAUGUAAACAGAUUCGUACGUUAAAAUGCCGUAAGUUUUGAUAGCCUGCAAAAAAUUAUUUUUUCAUUAUUAUUAUUUUUUUUUAUUUAGUCGUGAUUUUCUCGUGAGUCGUGAGCGUCUCGUAAGUCGUGAGUAUCUCAUGAUUAGUGUCGUGAGCAUGAUUUUACUUACUCAGAUCGAAGAAUUUUAAUACAAUCACGGUCACGCACUAUCAAGUGAUUGGGUUUGGAUCUCACUCACGAUAACACGAGAGACACGACAACACACGACUUGCGUGCACACCUCUAAUACCUAUGCGAGCCAUGCCUGCUAGAAUUUUGAGCUUCGAUCUGUAUGGUGUUUAUCGUAGUCACGAAAAGAUCAGCUGAGAGCUACCAGGCGUGUCCACAGGUUGCGAAUAGUGUAAUGCUCUAUACGGAGUAGUUGCAAUUCCAGUCGCAGAAAAUUUUGCGGUAUCGAGCGAAAGUCUCAGUUAGAGGCCGAGCGGCACCGGUUCUUAUCGGCUCCGGUAAAAAACAAAUUUGGUAAAUAUUUCUAGGGCAAGGAGCGGAGUGCCAGCCGCAGCCUCAAACCGCCCUCCAAACCGUAUAUGUUAAUCGACCAUAGCAAUUUUGGGCUUAAAUGAAAGGUAUUUGGGAGUAGAGCACGAAUUUGGCAUCCAUGUUUGGGCGAAAUGUCUGUGGUACCAUCUCAAGUGGACAAUAUAGGGCUCAAGUGAAAUAGGACUUAUUUACCGACUAUGGUAAUGUGAGGCUUAUAUAAAAAGUAGUUGAGAAUAUGGCACAAAGCUUAUAAUUACUUUAAGGGCCUAGCGGACAUAUUUACACACUACAAUAUAGGAGUCCACGAAAAGUAUAAGAAAGUAGUGCAAAGAUUUGGCCAUCAACAUUUCAUUAAAGCACAGGGGCAAACUCCUCACAUAUCUAUGGGUGCUGUUCGAUUCAAGUUUAAGCUCAAUAAUGAAAGACCUCUUUUUUAUAGCCGAGUCUUAACGGCGUCGUGCCGACACCAUAGAGCUGUCGCACUGCAUGACAUUAUAAAUCACAAAUGUCGCCAACAUUAGGAGGGGGUAACCACCACUUUACAUUUUUCCAAUGUUCUCGCCAGGAUUUGUACCCAAGCGUUCACAUCAUAUUAUCGUCCACUGCAAAUAAAAUGGAUAAGAGCAUUAAAGAAGGCGCUGGGGAGCGGGCCCGGUUCGGUUAGUACAUGAUAUAAAUCACAAUUUACAAAAAAAGACAGUUAAACAUGGUGGGGCAAAAGUACUGAUUCGUUGGAGCUUUUUGUACAACUGCAUAGGUUCAAUAUAGGAGUCCACGAGGGGCAAAAGUACUGAUUCGUUGGAGCUUUUUGUACAACUGCAUAGGUUCAAUAAUGAAAUAUAAGGCAUCAUGGAUAUGUUACAACUCUAGAGCAAGUGAUGCUACAUUAUGGAGACUGAAAUAUAGUUCUCAAAUUGGUACUAUAACAAGAUAAUUGCUAUAUGUGACCCAAAUGAAAGCAAUUUGGGAGAAGACUAGGAAAAUUACAUUAAAAUUUGUGUUAAAGUCUCUAGGUGUCAUGCAUGCUGUCGCACUGCAUGACAUUAUAAAUCACAAAUGUCGCCAACAUUAGGAGGGGGUAACCACCACUUUACAUUUUUCCAAUGUUCUCGCCAGGAUUUGUACCCAAGCGUUCACAUCAUAUUAUCGUCCACUGCAAAUAAAAUGGAUAAGAGCAUUAAAGAAGGCGCUGGGGAGCGGGCCCGGUUCGGUUAGUACAUGAUAUAAAUCACAAUUUACAAAAAAAGACAGUUAAACAUGGUGGGGCAAAAGUACUGAUUCGUUGGAGCUUUUUGUACAACUGCAUAGGUUCAAUAUAGGAGUCCACGAGGGGCAAAAGUACUGAUUCGUUGGAGCUUUUUGUACAACUGCAUAGGUUCAAUAAUGAAAUAUAAGGCAUCAUGGAUAUGUUACAACUCUAGAGCAAGUGAUGCUACAUUAUGGAGACUGAAAUAUAGUUCUCAAAUUGGUACUAUAACAAGAUAAUUGCUAUAUGUGACCCAAAUGAAAGCAAUUUGGGAGAAGACUAGGAAAAUUACAUUAAAAUUUGUGUUAAAGUCUCUAGGUGGUGCUUAACCUUUUUAAAACAACUAAAAUAUGUUAUUUGACCCAUCAUGACCAUAUGGGAUUCAAAUUUGAGAGUAUAAAAGAAAUCCACUUUUGGAACCAAGUGUUUGUGGGUAAGCCCCAAAACCCCCGGCAGUGCUUCGCUUAUUAAAACACCGAAAAUAAGUUAUUUGACCCAUAAUUACCAUAUGGGACUCAAAUUUGAGAGUGUAAAUGAAAUCCAGUUUUGGGACCAAGUGUUUAUGGGUAAGCCACAAAGCCACCGGCAGUGCAUAGCCAUGAGCACCACACAGGCUGGAACUUUGUUCUCCGAUCUGUAUGGUGUUCAUUGUUAUCACGCGAAGGUUCGCUGCGAGCUACCAGGCGCGUCCAUAGGUUGCGAAUAAUGGAAUGCUCUAUACGGGGUAGUUGCAAUUGCAGUCGCGGAAAAUCUGCGGUAUCGAGCAGAGAGUCUCAGUGAGAGGCCGAGCGGCACCGGCUCUUGCAAAAGUACUGAGUGCUAAUGAUGCUCGAUAUGAGUUGUUGACGCCUUUGAACAACCAAUGACCAUCAUGUUCCCGCGGCGAUCGGUCCUUAGCACCGGAGCUAGACGAAGAUCGUCACGUCCACAAACAGACAUGUGGCUACAACAACAACAACAAAAUAAGCCCCAAACCAUUCCCUAAACUUAUUUCCGGAACAUAUCAAUAUGGGGCUCAAAUGAUAGGUUUUUGGGAGUAAAGAACGAAUUUGGUAAAAAUGUCUAGGGCAAAGUGGAGGAGUGCCAGCUCCAGCCUCUAAACGCCCUCCAAACCUUACAUGUUUAUCGACAAUGGCAAUUUUGGGCAUACAUGAAAUUAUAUUUGGCAGUAGAGCACAAAUUUGGCAUCCAUAUUUUGGCCAAAUGUCUGCGGUUCCAUCUCAAGUGGACAAUAUAGGACUCAAAUGAAACAGGACUUUUUUACCGGCUAUGAUAAUAUGAGCUUAUAUAAAAUGUAUUUGAGAGUAUGGCACAAAGCUUAUAUUUACUUUAAGGGUCAAGUGGACAUAUUUACACACUACAAUAUAAGAGUCCAAAGAAAGCUAUAAGGAAGAUGUGCUCUUGCAUAAGUACUGAGUGCUAAUGAUGCUCGAUAUGAGUUGUUGGCGCCUUUGAACAACCAAUGGCCAUCAUGUUUCCUCGGCGAUCGGUCCUUAGGACCGGAACAAGCUUGUUCAUCUAUAGCUUGUUCAUCUAUGUAUUUGAGAGUAUGGCACAAAGCUUAUAUUUACUUUAAGGGUCAAGUGGACAUAUUUACACACUACAAUAUAAGAGUCCAAAGAAAGCUAUAAGGAAGAUGUGCUGUUGCAUAAGUACUGAGUGCUAAUGAUGCUCGAUAUGAGUUGUUGGCGCCUUUGAACAACCAAUGGCCAUCAUGUUUCCUCGGCGAUCGGUCCUUAGGACCGGAACAAGCUUGUUCAUCUAUAGGAGCUAGACAUAUUUACACACAACAAUAUAGGAGUCCAAAGAAAGGUAUAAGGAAGAAGUGCAAAGAUUUGGCCAUGAACAUUUUGAAACUUCGAAAACGUCAUAUACUUGUAUAAAACGUAUAAAAUGCAGCAAACAGCAUAAACCUCGAAAAACCCCUGCUACUUGUUUACUUUCAACAUUAUAUCGUUGUUGUAGAUUAAUUGUUGUAUCUAUAGAGCUUAUAUAAAUAAUUCAAAAUUUUAUGAUAAAAAGUUGUUGCUUCAAAUCUUUUUAUUUCAUUUGUUCACAUCCUAAUUUUUUCUGCUUUACACUAUUUCUACCCACGCCACCAUGUUCUUACAAUUAUUAUUUAAUAGAUUGUUUGAUUUUAUUUGGGGGUAAACAAAAACCAUGUUUUCUAUUUUUUGUCUACCUGCGCCACCAUGUAUCUGUCCAUGAUGGAAACUAGACAUAUAUUUGGCACAUUCGCAUUACAUAUGUGGACAUAGAGGACACAACAGAACGCAGAAAUAAACCACAAUUUGUAUUACUAAAUAACAAUUUAAUUCGUACCAUUAAACAUGUGUUCAACGUAUGCCUUCUUUACCAACCACUUGUCAAGAUACAAAAAAAUCAGAUUUCAAUGUGAAAAGUAGUAGUAUUUAAUUCCCGUUAACUUUUAUAAUAUGUAUUAUAAAUUAUUAUUGAUAAUAUUAGUUAAAUUUAAGAUAUUAACUAGUAGUAUUUAAUUCCCGAUUUAUUUUUAAGAAAAAAUUUUAAUGUUAACUUUUAUAAUAUGUAUUAUAAAAUAUUAUUGGUAAUAUUAGUUAAAUUUAAGAGAUUAACUAUUAGUAUUCAAUUUCCGAUUUAUUUUUAAAAUAAACUCUGACGUAUGUGCGACAUACAUUUCCGGCGAUACCUACACAGAAAAAAUAAAGAACUAAAUUUGGCCGAUUAAACAUGA